AGAAAUAUUAUAUACUGAAACAGGAGGUAAUCCUAACCUGCUCUUUGUUUGCUUGUUUUCCUAGUUUUUCUAUUGUGUGCAUUAUUAUGCAAGAAAGUCUCCUGUCUUUCCUUUUAAUGGAUUGCUUUGAAAUACGCUAUUUUACAUCUUGCUUUAUAUGGAUUAAGUUAUAUGCAAGGAAAACAGGAUAACAAUGAGGAAGAAAACAUAGGAAGAAAAAUAAUUUGUCCUGCAUAUAUCUAUGUGCAUGUAGUAUGUGAGUAAGUAUGUGCAUUAGAUAGGUUUUGUUUGGAAAUCUUUGGCCAGUUUGUUGAAUUGAGUGCCUAGUAAUAAUGUGUAGGAGUAGAAUCUGGGUUAUUUAAUAAUGAGAAGUACAAAGUUGUUAUUUUAGGGGGGGGGAAGCACACUUACUGAUAUCAAUUUUAAUAUAUUUGUGCUAAUUAGUUUUUUAGUACAUCUAUGUAUCUUGCAAAAACGAAUCUGAAAGGGGAGGAGGGUAGCUUUGAAAAUAUAGUAAAACACUGAGAACUCAGUAAGCUCGUUGUUAGAACAUAGACACUUAUACAAUUCUAAAGAUUUUUUUUAAAAUUGUUUUAUAAAAUAGUUUCUUGCACUUUACCUGCUGGCAUUUCAAUUUGGUAGAUAACAUCUGAACUCCAGCAGAGUUUUAUAAUCCCCACGUGCUUAAAUAUACUAAAUGUUCUUUUUCCAUUAAGGUUAAUGUUCGUGAAGAGAUUGAAGAGUUUUUUCCAAGAAUGUGGAAGAUAAAUCAAGAUAAAAGAAGGCUAAUGAAAAGUAUUAAAGAUCAGAAAAUUAAAAUUGAAUGGGGGAAAAAAUUGAACAGAAGAUUGGUCAGAUAGAAGCACUUGAAUUUUUUUUAAGGCUAUAAUGAAUUGUUUGAAUUGGGGAAGAAUACACGAAGUAUGAAAAAUGGAAAAACUCAAUGAAGAAUGAAGAAAAGUAGAAAGCAAGAGUGAAGUAGAAUUAAAAGAAUCUGGAAGAAUGAAUGGGUCCUAGGUUAAGUAAAUGUAUGGUUUAUGUUCCAGUGUCUGUAUGAUCAAGUUGUAGAUGAAUUUGCAUGAUUGCUUAGUUAAUAGAGAAUUGGUGAUCUGGUUCAAGCAGGGAACUAUUUGAGGAGAGCAUACAAUAUUAACAGUGGGCGCUAGCAAAAUGAAAUUUGCUCUGGAGGGUAUUGCCUAACCAUUUGUUUUUCAGGAGCAAUCAAUAAAAUAGAAUUACUGUACUUUAAAUGUUAGGAGUUAGGCAUUUAUACAACCAAUACCAUUUGUAAUACUGUCUUCUUUGUUAGGAGUCUCGCUCCCAGUCAAAAUCUCCAGCUGGGAGUCCUGCUCGUGUAAAAUCGGAGAGCAGGUCAGGAUCUCGCAGUCCAUCGAGGGCUUCCAAACAUUCUGAAUCGCACUCUAGAUCAAGAUCAAAAUCAAGGAGACGUUCUCGAAGCAGAUCAUACACACCAGAGUACCGUCGUCGAAGGAGCCGUAGUCACUCUCCCAUGUCCAACAGGAGAAGGCACACCGGCAGCAGAGCUAAUCCAGAUCCUAAUACUUGUCUUGGAGUGUUUGGUCUCAGUUUGUAUACCACUGAGAGAGAUUUGCGUGAAGUCUUUUCCCGUUAUGGACCUUUGACUGGAGUCAACGUGGUUUAUGAUCAACGGACUGGGCGAUCCAGAGGAUUUGCUUUUGUUUAUUUCGAGCGAAUUGAUGAUUCUAAAGAGGCGAUGGAGCAUGCAAACGGCAUGGAGCUGGAUGGCAGGAGGAUCCGCGUGGAUUACUCCAUCACCAAGAGAGCGCAUACGCCCACUCCAGGCAUCUACAUGGGCAGGCCAACCCACAGUGGAGGAGGAGGUGGUGGUGGAGCAGGUCGUCGUCGUGACUCUUACUACGAUAGGGGAUAUGACAGAGGAUAUGACAGAUAUGAAGAAUAUGACUACAGAUACAGGAGACGAUCACCAUCACCUUAUUAUAGUCGAUACCGAUCACGAUCAAGAUCCCGCUCCUAUAGUCCACGGCGCUACUGAAGGUCAGAAGAGUUAGCAAGGACGUGAUUUUUAAAUAUAAACUUCAGAUCUUAGCUUCCCUUCUGCUUCCCCUCCUGUUCUCCCUUCCUCAUCCUCCAUCCAGUUCUUUUACAGAUCUUUGGUUCAGUUAGAGUAUACAUAUUUUCAGUUGAAGUAUUCCUAUUUUCCAUCCCUCUUUAUUGUAAUACUCUUAAAUAUUGUAAUUGUUGGUAGUUUUGUGUAGUAAAACAUCCUAAGCAAAAUUAAAUAGAGAACCCAAGAUGUUGAUACAUUUUGGAAGUCAUUCUGAUUUUGUUUUUAAAACAAUUGGACUCUGGCUAAUCAAAAGAGCAGAAAGGAUUGAUAUUUUUAAGGCUUGCAUGUCAUAUGUAAUAUGCACACUCAGAUACUUCAAUAUAAACCUGCAUUUCCAAGUAACUCAUUAAUCUUUCUGUUAAGAUGUUUACCUCUUACUUUGAGAAACAAGUAACACCUUUUGAGCCUUUUCUGUAAUGACAAAUUUAUUUAGAUAGUCAUGAACCAGAGGAUCUUUUUGUCAAGUAGUUAUUUUGAAUGUAGAAUAUUUGAGCUAGAGCAAAAUUUGAUAUUUGAUUGACUGGGGAAAAUAGAUUCUUGUACACUGAAAAUUUAGACUGUUUUCUACAUUAAGCUGUCAGACUGCUACAUAGCGGGUAACAUUUGAA